AUGUCAUUCCUUGACAUGAUGGGUCUAAGGGCAUUAUACUGGUCGAUCCGAAAGCGUGUCUGGGCUGUCACCCUGUCACAGUUGCUCACCUUCAUCUGCACAUUUCUCACAACUCUAGCUUCGGUUAUGUUCACCGUAGACCCAAUACCUAGCUCUACGAGUGUCCAGCUGCGACAGACAACAUGGUUCGGAUCACGUCAAAUGACGUUGAACAAUGCUGGAUCCUUCGCAGCAACGAGAGACUCGUUGAGCAGCCUGGUCCUGCGCAAGGGCGAUGGAGCUCUGACCUACCCGCGGAACACCUACGACGAUCUCGUUUUCCCGGUCCUUGACGGACUGCAAGGAACAGAGGUUUCCUCAAACGUUUCUGUUCAGCUCAGUGUUCCGGCUGCCAAAUUGGCCCCUACCUGCGUCCAGUUACCCGCCAGCACCUACAACAUCACAUUCCGGAACUACACCGAAGAGGACAAGUUCUUUGAGGUCCUUAUGGUCGAGUCACAUCCUUGA